GGCGUUAGAGAGAAAGUUUGCUGGGAGCGGAGUAUUUAGAUUUCAGAGAGACGGAGUAUAUAACCGCGGGUGACGCCAGGCUUGGGGGCCAAGGAAGCGAAACGACCCGGGAUGAGGUCGUGUGAAGUUCUGAGAAGCUCCCAGGUCUAUCUCGUCGGCGAGGGACGAGACUGCCCUUGGAAACCGGUCAAAUUCUACAGGGUGCCACUGCUUAUCUGCAAGAAGAGCAGCAGCAAGCCUUCGUCUUCGUCUUCCAGCUCCAGACAUGGCUUCUCUGCCUCGGUUUCGAUAUCUGUGGAGAAAGCAGAUGGUGCGGCGACCGCAUUGUCCAUGGAAAGCCCGCCUCGUGGGUAUCGGAAAAACGUUGGGAUUUGUCUCCUCAAUCCCACUUCUAAAAUGGUUUUCGUGGCGUCGAGGAUAAACAUUCCGGAUUCUUGGCAAAUGCCUCAGGGAGGUCCUGAGGCGGGAGAAGAUCUCCGGAGUGCGGCGAUGAGAGAGUUGAGGGAGGAAACAGGAGUUACUUCAACUGAGUUUCUUGCUGAGGCACCCUACUGGCUGAUUUAUAAUUUCCCACUUCCAAUUAGAGACAGGCUUAAUCGGAGAUGGGGCACAAACUAUAAGGGUCAAGCUCAAAAGUGGUUUCUUUUCAAGUUUACUGGAAAGGAGGAAGAGAUUAACCUUUUGGGUGAUGGAUCUGAAAAGCCAGAAUUCAAGCACUGGACAUGGAUGCCACCAGAGCGAGUCGUUGAACUUGCUGUGGAUUUCAAGAAGCCAGUGUAUCAGGAAGUUAUGGAGUUGUUUAGUCCAUUCCUCCAGGAAGAUUAUACUGAUGCAGAACUGCAAGAUGAGACUAAUUCCAGACUCCAUACGGAGGCAUCUGAAGUAAAAACUAGAGAAGAUUUAGGAGUGGGAGGAGGUGCCGUCAUCUCCAGCAUUUGUUGCACCCGGCUGUGAAUGUUGUCAUCCACUGAACAUGGAUGUUUAGAGAGAAUCUAAUAGAAAGAAACCAGUAGCAAUUCAUUCUUCUAGUCCGCUUCUCGAGUUGGGAACUUUCAGAGGAUAAAAAAAAAAGACAACUUCCUAAAAUGUAACCUUUUUUUUAUAACUAAAAACAAUCAUUCUGA